AUGCAUUUCUGUGGAAGUAGCGGAACAAGGUUCAGAAUAGCUUUUUGGCUCUUACAUAAAUACAUAAACAAAAGCUAUGUCUCCAUCCUUCCGGAACCAAUUCUGGCUGCUUCCAUCACUUAUGCCUAUGCCGUGGACCUCGACCGACCUGUAACUGUGGCUGCUUUUGAGUGUAUGAAAAAAUCGGGUUACAAAGCUGCCAUUAUUAGAGCGUACGAUCCCUCAAACAAUGGCAAAUUUGAUGUCAAUGCUGUGAACAACAUUCGCAAUGCUAAUCAAGCUGGUCUCGGAACAGAAGUGUUUAUGACACCAUUGCCCCGUUCAAGCAAAAAAGGUGGAAAACAGUUUAAAGAACUUUAUGAGGGGCUGAAAAAUGGAAAAAUUGAUGUGAGAACUGUCUGGUUGCAGGUAACUUCGCCUAUCAACUGGGGAUCAAACAGCAACGAAAAUAUUUACUUUCUCAACGACAUCAUAGCCAUGGCCAAGUACUAUGGCGUCAGAAUUGGUUUCUACACAAAUGUUUAUGACUGGAAUCAGAUCACCAAGGGAGCUACGGUCGAGGGAGCUAUGCUAUGGUACUGGAACGUCAAUGGUGGAGGACCGAGCGGUGAAACACCUGCCAACUUUGACGAUUUUCGUCCAUUUGGUAAAUUCACGAAGCCGACAAUGAAACAGUUUGGACAAAUGGAGCAAAUUUGCGGUGUCACGGUUAAUAGGGACAUCUACUUCCUAGAAAAAUCAAAUCCCUUUCCUACCGAAAUGAAAGGGAAGCAAAGCGAUGAGCUGAUUGUUGGCAAACUGGGCCAUGCACUUACGGGAUUUUUAUCAGCUGCAUAAGGAAAACACUCAAGAAAAGAACUAAUAAAAAGAAGUGCUUUAUAGACACGGCAUAAUACAUUGAAUAAAACGAUUUACUUUUACAUGUGGUGAAUGAUUUGGGUUACUUUCCAAGUAUUUUCCAUAAAGAAGGUACCUGAGAAUUGUUCCAAUAUUGGUUUGC